UUCGUUAUGGUGUGCGGCGCGGCUGGCGGCUGGUCCCACCCCCUUUCCUUCUUCCUUUAAAAUAUUCUAAUUUUUGAUCACCCUUUGGCUCUCUGCAUAGCUUUUUCAGCUUUCCACUCUUUGAACUUUCUGUUUGAUUCCUGGUCCGCCCCAGCACCGCCAGCCGUCUGCCGCCAUGUCCGGACCGCUGCGCCGCCGACUGGAGCUGCCGAGACCGGGCCGUGGCGGCGCCGGUCCGUCCCGCUCGGACCCGGCGCUGCCGUCGCCCAUCACAGACCUGGCCGACAACCUGAGCGCCGCCUCCAUCAGCGUCUCGCCCGGCCGGCGCACCUCGCACGGCUCGUCAGACGAGGCGGACACGCCAACAACGGCGGCCGUGCUCGGCAGUCGACCCCGGUCGCGCAGGCUGCUGCGGGAUGUCAGCCUGGACGAGGGCACGCCCGAGGGCAGGGCGGCGGCCCCGCUCCGCCGCUUCAAGUCGCUGCCGGUGCGCCAGCGGCUGCAGGCGGCUGCCUGCUCGCCCGCCCUCGGCUCGCCCGCCCUCGACAAGGAGAACGCGCCCUUCCUGUCGCCGGCCAAGCAGGACGCGUCGUUCGACUUCAGCAGUCCCAAGCGGUCCGGCCUUAGCGACAGGUCGGCGUCGCGUGCUCCCAGCAGCUUGUGUCAGCGGCGGCUGCCUCUGGGCCAGGUCCAGAGGCCGACGCCGGCGACGGAGCCGCCUGAGGUGCAGGAUCCCAGCUCGCAGGACAGCGGGUACGACGCCACAGAGAGGGAUGAGUUCAGGUUCGCCGCGCCCACGGCGCCCCCGCCGCGUCGCGUGCGGUCGAGCGUGUCGUCCGGCUCGUCCGGCUCUCCGGCGCCGCUGCGCCGCUCCGACUCGGACGGCUUCAUGGACGCCAUCGACCUGGACACGAUGGACGAGAGCGCCAUGCCGGCGGGCCUGCAGGCGCUUCUCUCGGCGCCGAUCCUGAGUCCGGCGGGCGAGGAGCCGCCGCCGCCGCGCCGGCCCGCCAUCCGACGCUUCCUCUCCAUGGUGGAGCGACCCUCCGCGGACGCCACCGACGCGCGCGCCACGCUGGCGGACCGGAUGCCGGUGCCGGUGCCGGGCCGGCUGGGCCAGUUCAAGCGGCCCGAGCCGCCGUCGCUGGAGCCGUGCUCGCCGACUCGCAAGCGGCUGUGCUCGCUGGCCGAGUCGCCGUCGCCGCGCGCCGCCGGCGCCGAGCUGCAGCGCUCCGAGAGUCACCGGCUGACGCCGUGCGCCGAGCGCGUGCGCCCGCUGCAGCGCUGCCACUCCGAGUCGGAGGCCACCAUCAAGCGCGCCGUCCAGCGCUCGUGUCAGGACCCGGACCUGAUCGGCGACUGCAGCCGGCCGUACGCCCUGCCGCUGGCGCGCACCAGCCGCAACAGUGACCUGAAGGCCAUCAGCGCGGCGACGCUCAAUGACCUGAUGGACGGCGCCUUCAGCCAGACGGUCGCCUCCUUCCAGAUCGUCGACUGCAGGUACCCGUACGAGUACGAGGGCGGGCACAUUCGCGGCGCCGUCAACCUCUUCACGAAGGACGCCAUCCACAGCCACCUGCUGGCCAACCGGCACGCGGCGCAGCCGCCGCCGCUGGCGGCCGACACGCGCGCGCGCCGCCACCUGAUCGUGUUCCACUGCGAGUUCUCGUCAGAGCGCGGCCCCAGCAUGUACCGCUUUCUGCGCGAGCAGGACCGCAAGCUCAACAAAGCCACGUACCCGGCGCUGCUGUACCCGGAGGUGUACCUCCUUGACGGCGGCUACAAGAAGUUCUUCGAGGGCCACUCGGCCCUCUGCGAGCCGCGCGCCUACAAGCCGAUGAACAAGGAGGGCCACGAGAGCGAUCUCAAACACUUCCGCGCCAAGUCCAAGUCGUGGGCGGGCGACAGCCGGGCCCGGGGCGUGUCGAAGCGCAUGGUCUUGUGAUCGCUGUAGCGCGCUAGCGUACCAAGGGCGGGAUCCACACGCGUUUAAGCCGUGCAAUACGUGGACAACGACAGGGCGGCGGGCGGAGGCGCGGGUGGCUGUGUGUGCGUGCUCGUGUGCGUGUGUGUGCGUGCCCGUGUGCGUGCGUGUGAUGCGUGUGAUAUCAGCUGUUACCAAAGUGCGCGCGCCAGCCCGCCGGUUAGCCUGCACGGGCGCCGCCAGCGACGGCGGUACUCGGAGACGCGCAUUGGCGUCGUAGAUUCCAGGGACCAGAAAUCUAUGGUAGACCACACGUGUUCACAUGGCAGGCCGUGUACUCGGCCGCCUUGGACAUAGUAGAUAGGCCUAUGAUCUGAUGGAAUCGACUUAUUGCCGGUCUGUCAGGGUUGACGUGGUUGACCCGUCUCCCCGCGGGUCACCAACGCCAUCUAUCGCACAGUUGCUGUUUUAAGUAUACGACUGAUUGACCCUGGGGACUCCCCUGGCCCGGGUGACCAGCACUGACUGCGAUUCCGGAUCUAUGUCACCCAGAUCCGUGUUACCCGGAGCCAUGUCAACCGGCCUUCGUCCUCUUGCUGCUGGCAUCUGCGCCGCUCUCGCCUUGUUACGCCUGUCGGCACCCUCGGCACUCCCUCGUGCGACUUGUGUGUGGACGUUCCGAUUUGCACGGUUGGCGCCCGAUUUCUGUUGCUUGCGAGCCUUUCUUUCGUGCGCGGCCUUCACGUGCGCUUCUUGGCCGGCCUCUGGCGCGGUUCCGGUGUAAAUUGUGCCGCUGUGUCGGCCGUGUUUCGUUGCGCGGCGUUCUGGUGCUCUGACGGAGGCCGGCCGCACUGUGUGCCUCGGUUGCUAGAAUAAAAUCCGU